AGGAAUGGCUCCUUGUUGGUACCAAACAAGGGCAUCUGCUGCUCUACAGGAUAAAGAAAGACAUAGGUUGCAAUAGGUUUGAAGUGACCUUGGAGAAAUCCAACAAGAACUUCUCAAAAAAGAUUCAACAGAUUCAUGUUGUUUCUCAGUUUAAAAUUCUGGUCAGUCUAUUAGAAAAUAACAUUUACGUCCAUGACCUGUUGACAUUUCAACAAAUCACCACAGUUUCCAAGGCAAAAGGUGCAUCUCUCUUUACUUGUGAUCUUCAGCAGUCAGAUACAGGGGAAGAGGUGCUGAGAAUGUGCGUGGCGGUGCGGAAGAAACUACAACUUUAUUUUUGGAAGGACCGAGAGUUCCAUGAACUGCAGGGGGACUUCAGUGUACCUGAUGUACCCAAGUCUAUGGCCUGGUGUGAAAAUUCCAUCUGUGUAGGCUUCAAGAGGGACUACUACCUGAUCCGGGUGGAUGGAAAAGGAUCCAUCAAGGAGCUGUUCCCCACAGGAAAGCAGCUAGAACCAUUGGUAGCUCCUGUAGCAGAUGGAAAAGUUGCAGUUGGCCAGGAUGAUCUGACAGUCGUGCUUAAUGAAGAAGGGGUCUGUACUCAGAAAUGUGCCUUGAAUUGGACAGAUAUUCCUAUAGCCAUGGAACACCAGCCUCCCUACAUCAUUGCUGUUCUGCCACGAUACGUGGAGAUCCGCACUUUUGAGCCCCGGCUGCUGGUACAGAGCAUCGAGCUGCAGAGACCACGCUUCAUCACCUCUGGAGGCACAAAUAUUAUAUAUGUGGCAAGUAAUCACUUUGUUUGGCGGCUCAUUCCUGUGUCCAUAGCCACACAGAUCCAGCAGCUUCUGCAGGACAAGCAGUUUGAGUUGGCUCUGCAGUUGGCAGAAAUGAAAGAUGAUUCAGAUAGUGAGAAGCGGCAACAAAUUCAUCACAUAAAGAACCUCUUUGCCUUCAAUCUCUUCUGCCAGAAGCGCUUUGAUGAAUCCAUGCAAGUUUUUGCCAAGCUUGGUACAGAUCCCACUCAUGUGAUGGGUCUGUAUCCUGACCUCCUGCCCACUGAUUACAGGAAGCAGCUACAGUAUCCCAACCCCCUGCCAGGGCUCUCUGGGGCAGAGCUGGAGAAGGCACAUUUAGCUCUGAUAGACUACCUAACUCAAAAAAGAAGUCAGCUGGUGAAGAAGCUAAAUGAUUCUGACCAUCAGUCCAGCACCUCACCCCUCAUGGAAGGAACACCCACGAUCAAAUCCAAAAAGAAGCUACUGCAAAUCAUUGACACCACCCUGUUGAAGUGUUACCUUCAUACAAAUGUAGCACUGGUGGCACCAUUGCUACGUCUGGAGAACAAUCACUGCCACAUUGAGGAGAGUGAGCAUGUGCUAAAGAAGGCACACAAAUACAGUGAGCUGAUCAUACUGUAUGAGAAGAAAGGUCUGCAUGAGAAAGCAUUACAGGUACUGGUGGAUCAGUCAAAGAAAGCCAACUCGCCUUUGAAGGGCCAUGAGAGGACAGUGCAAUAUCUGCAGCAUUUGGGCACUGAGAACUUGAACUUGGUAUUUUCUUACUCUGUCUGGGUGCUAAGAGAUUUUCCUGAAGAUGGGCUGAAGGUAUUUACAGAAGACCUUCCUGAAGUGGAAGCUUUGCCCCGAGACAAAGUGCUCAGUUUCCUGAUAGAAAAUUUUAAAAGCUUGACUAUUCCCUAUCUGGAACACAUCAUUCACGUCUGGGAAGAAACAGGUGCAGACUUUCACAACUGUCUGAUCCAGCUGUACUGUGAGAAAGUGCAGACCUUAAUGAAGGAGUAUCUCAGUUCUUUCCCUGCAGAUAAAACUCCAGUGCCUGCUGGGGAGGAAGGAGGAGACUUGGGGGAUUACCGGAAAAAACUUCUACUUUUUCUGGAGAAGUCUAGCUGGUAUGAACCUAGUCGACUAAUUAGUGACUUCCCCUUUGAUGGUCUCCUAGAAGAACGUGCUCUGCUCUUGGGUCGUAUGGGGAAGCAUGAGCAAGCUCUGUUUAUUUAUGUUCAUAUUUUGAAGGACACCAACAUGGCUGAAAACUACUGCGAUAAACAUUAUGACAUAAACAAAGAUGGCAACAAAGAUGUGUAUCUGUCGCUGCUCCGGAUGUAUCUCUCCCCGCCCAGUGUUCACUGCCUGGGACCAAUCAAGAUGGAAGUGCUGGAGCCUCAAGCCAACCUGCAGGCUGCUCUGCAGGUUCUGGAGCUACAUCACAGCAAACUGGAUACCACCAAGGCGAUAAACCUCCUCCCAGCCAAUACACAGAUCAGUGAGAUUCGAAUAUUCUUAGAGAAAGUCCUUGAAGAAAACGCGCAGAAGAAAAGAUUUAAUCAAGUACUCAAGAAUCUUCUCCAUGCAGAGUUCCUGAGGGUCCAGGAGGAGCGAAUCUUACAUCAGCAAGUGAAGUGCAUUAUUACAGAAGAGAAGGUGUGCACUGUGUGUAAAAAGAAGAUAGGUAACAGUGCAUUUGCUCGAUACCCUAAUGCAAUAAUUGUGCAUUAUUUCUGCUCCAAAGAAGUCAACACAUUGGACACCUGACCUUGCUACGGUCAAUAAUCCCAACAUUCAUAUGGAGUUCUGAACUGAUGACUCAAGAAGUUGAUGCUUCUGAGAUUUUUUGGGGGCUUGUUGCUAGGUUCUUUUACACUGGGUAGAAGUCAUUGUAUCUGUGGACUGACUGUACCUAUCUAGCAAUGUUGAUUUACUAGAAAAUGACUUUAACCAUGUUCUUAUAGUGCUGGCAACUACACUGAACCUCUCAGUACUCAGAUGAAGAGUAGAAACUGAUUUUUGUAGUGGGUUUUGUAUUGCACUCCAAC